AUGCCGCGUCCUGGGAAAAACUCCUACAGCGACCAGAAGCCUCCUUACUCCUACAUAUCUCUGACAGCGAUGGCCAUCCAGAACUCAUCCGACAAGAUGCUGCCUUUGAGUGACAUCUACAAGUUCAUCAUGGAUCGGUUUCCUUAUUAUCGGGAGAACACUCAGAGGUGGCAGAAUUCCCUGCGACACAACCUAUCAUUUAAUGACUGCUUCAUCAAGAUCCCCCGGAGGCCUGAUCAGCCAGGGAAGGGCAGCUUCUGGGCUCUGCAUCCUGACUGCGGGGACAUGUUUGAGAACGGCAGCUUCCUGAGGAGAAGGAAGCGCUUUAAGGUUCUGCGCGCCGAACACAUGAGCUGCAAGAGCUCCCCGAUGAUGCAUUACUUUCAUCACCACCACCAUCACCCUGGAAGCAAGCUCGCCACCGCUUCUGCCCACCACGACCACUCUGCGGGCCCGGCGGGCGUUGGUCGGCUCCCUUCCUUUCAGGGUUACGGGGGCAUCUCUUGCGCGCAGCCUGGCGGGUUUAAACACCCGUUCGCCAUCGAGAACAUUAUCGGACGAGACUACAAGGGCGUGGUGGCCAGCGGGCUUCCCCUCAGCUCCGUCAUGCACCACCUGGGUUACCCGGUGCCCCCUCAACUCAGCAGCGUUGUAAACUCCAUGUGGCCGCACGUCGGCAUGCUGUCAGAGUCCAUGAGCGGCGUGCCCGUGUCGGCGGCAGCAUCCGAGUACGCGCCCUUCGGAGUUUCAGCAAAGGGCCUGUAUCACAACGCCAACGGGCAAACUCUGCCCGCCGUGCCGUUGCCAAUAAAACCCACCCCGUCUUUGGGCCCAGUUCCUGGUUUGACGGGGCUGCAGUCCGGUCCGGCCCACCUAUGCUCACCGGCCUCCGCCAUGGAGAAGAGCGAUCUGCUGGAGGGCAAAGCCAACCCGCUGCACCCGGCUCUCCUCUUAUCAUAG